AUGGCUAUCGCUCCAGACCGAAGUAGCCCUGGACUCGGACGGCGCGCGAUACCGACCCGCGAAAGCCUGUCGCAGUGGAACUCAGAACGCGAAGAAGCAAAGAUGGGCCUCGGCGACAUGCAUCGCGCAGACAUGAAGGAGAGAGUGCGACGCGCGAACGAGUUGGAGCUGGAGAAAGAGCAAGAGCUGGUACACUUGGAGAAGAAAGCGAGUGGUGUCGCUCAAGACAACGCGCGAGGCUGCUUCGGCGCAAUGCUGCGCCUGUUUAAA